AUGGCUCUCACCACAAACACAGCCUCAAUUUCAACUGAAGCUCUGACAUCAACCACAGCCCCAACUACAACUGCAGCCGCAACAACAACUAAAACCCCAACUACAACUGAAACCCCCACUUCAACUGCAACCCCAACAACACCUGCAGCCGUGACUACAACUAAAAGUCCAACUACAACUGCAGCCGCAACAACAACUGCAGCCCAGACAACAUCAGCAACCCCGACUACAAUCGCAACCCCAACAACAACUGCAGCCGUGACUACAACUAAAACUCCAACUACAACUGCAGCCCCAACAACAACUGCAGCCGUGACUACAACUAAAACUCCAACAACUGCAGCGUCUACUACAACUGCAGCCCUGACUACAACAAGAGCACCAACUACAACACAAACAACAGCUGCUGGCACAACAACAACCAGAGCUCCAACUACAACUGCAGCGUCUACUACAACUGCAGCCCUGACUACAACAAGAGCACCAACUACAACACAAACAACAGCUGCUGGCACAACAACAACCACAGCUCCAACUACAACUGCAGCACCCACUACAACUGCAGCCCUAUCUACAACUGCUGUCCCAACAACAACUGCAGCCUUAUCUACAACUGCAGCCCAAACUACAACCAAGGAUCUCACUACAACCAUAGCCUCAACCACAACUGCAGCCCCAACAACAACAGCAACCCCAACUACCACCACAGUCCACAGAUCAACUACAGCCCCAAGUACAACUGCAGCACAAACUGCAAAGUCAACCCCAACUACAACUGCAGCCCCGACAACAACCGCAACAUCAACUACAACUGCAGUCGCAACAACAACUAAAACCCCAACUACAACUGAAACCCCCACUUCAACUGCAACCCCAACAACAACUGCAGCCGUGACUACAACUAAAACUCCAACUACAACUGCAGCCCCAACAACAACUGCAGCCCAGACAACAUCAGCAACCCCGACUACAAUCGCAACCCCAUCUACAACUGCAGCCGUGACUACAACUAAAACUCCAACAACUGCAGCGCCUAUUACAACUGCAGCCCUGACUACAACAAGAGCAUCAAUUACAACACAAACAACAGCUGCUGGCACAACAACAACCACAGCUCCAACUACAACUGCAGCCUCUACUACAACUGAAGCCCAAACUACAAUGAAAACCCCAACCACAACUGCAGCCCCAACUACAACUUCAAUCCCAACUACAAGUAUGGCUCUCACCACAAACACAGCCUCAAUUUCAACUGAAGCUCUGACAUCAACCAUAGCCCCUACUAGAACCACAGCCCCAACUACAACUGCAGCCGCAACAACAACUAAAACCCCAACUACAACUGAAACCCCCACUUCAACUGCAACCCCAACAACACCUGCAGCCGUGACUACAACUAAAACUCCAACUACAACUGCAGCCGCAACAACAACUGCAGCCCAGACAACAUCAGCAACCCCGACUACAAUCGCAACCCCAUCUACAACUGCAGCCGUGACUACAACUAAAACUCCAACAACUGCAGCGCCUAUUACAACUGCAGCCCUGACUACAACAAGAGCACCAACUACAACACAAACAACAGCUGCUGGCACAACAACAACCACAGCUCCAACUACAACUGCAGCACCCACUACAACUGCAGCCCUAUCUACAACUGCUGUCCCAACAACAACUGCAGCCUUAUCUACAACUGCAGCCCAAACUACAACCAAGGAUCUCACUACAACCACAAGCCCAACUACAACUGAGGCCCUGACAACAACAGCAGCCCUAACUACAACUGCAGCUCCAACUACGACUGCAGCGGAAACUAUAACAGCAGCCCAAACGACAACCACAGCUCUAUCAACUUCUGCAGCCCCCACUACAACUGCAGCCCAGACUAUAACUGCAGUACCAACAACUAUAGCCUCAACUCAAACUGCUGACACGACUACAACAAAAGCCCCAACAACUGCAGCCCCAACGACAACUACAGCCUCAACUACAACUGAAGCCCAAACUACAAUGAAAACCCCAUCCACAACAGCAGGCCCAACUACAACUGCAAUCCCAACUACAAGUAUGGCUCUCACCACAAACACAGCCUCAAUUUCAACUGAAGCUCUGACAUCAACCACAGCCCCUACUAGAACCACAGCCCCAACUACAACUGCAGCCCCAACAACAACACCAGCCCCAACUACAACAACGGUCCCCACUACAACUACAGCCCCCACAACAACAACAACUCCCACUACAAACCCAGACUCAACUACAACUGAAGCCCAAACUACAAUGAAAACCCCAUCCACAACUGCAGGCCCAACUACAACUGCAAUCCCAACUACAAGUAUGGCUCUCACCACAAACACAGCCUCAAUUUCAACUGAAGCUCUGACAUCAACCACAGCCCCUACUAGAACCACAGCCCCAACUACAACUGCAGCCGCAACAACUAAAACACCAACUACAACUGAAACCCCCACUUCAACUGCAACCCCAACAACACUUGCAGCCGUGACUACAAUUAAAACUCCAACUACAACUGCAGCCCAGACUAUAACUGCAGUACCAACAACUAUAGCCUCAACUCAAACUGCCGACACGACUACAACAAAAGCCCCAACAACUGCAGCCCCAACGACAACUACAGCCUCAACUACAACUGAAGCCCAAACUACAAUGAAAACCCCAUCCACAACAGCAGGCCCAACUACAACUGCAAUCCCAACUACAAGUAUGGCUCUCACCACAAACACAGCCUCAAUUUCAACUGAAGCUCUGACAUCAACCACAGCCCCUACUAGAACCACAGCCCCAACUACAACUGCAGCCCCAACAACAACACCAGCCCCAACUACAACAACGAACCACAGCCCCAACUACAACUGCAGCCCCAACAACAACACCAGCCCCAACUACAACUACAGCCCCCACAACAACAACAACUCCCAUUACAAACACAGACUCAACAACAACUGCAAGCCAAGCUAUAACCCCAACAACUUCAGCCCCAACGACAACAGCAGCCCAGACAACAUCAGCAACCCCAACUACAAUCGCAACCCCAUCUACAACUGCAGCCGUGACUACAACUCAAACUCCAACAACUGCAGCGCCUAUUACAACUGUAAUCCUGACUACAACAAGAGCACCAACUACAACACAAACAACAGCUGCUGGCACAACAACAACCACAGCUCCAACUACAACUGCAGCACCCACUACAACUGCAGCCCUAUCUACAACUGCUGCCCCAACAACAACUACAGCCUCAACUACAACUGA